AUGACGGGUCCAAUUGAGGGCGCUGGUCCUCCCAACAUGCAUGUUGACGAGAAGAAUGCUAUCGUGCCACUCGAGAGCAGUGACAUGGAUCGCGGACACAGUCACCAGGAGGUGGCCUAUUCGAGCUCCAAUGAGGCCGGACUUGCAGAAUCUGAGAAGGAUAUUCCUAUGACCUUCCGUCGCUUCAUGGGAUUCGCGGCCAUGGCAUUCUUAUGGACUGGCAGUCAAAUUCCGGUCUAUCUAUUUGGAGGCAUUCCUCCCUAUGUCUACGGCUCCAUCGGAGGUGCGGAUCGGUGGGUUUGGUUUGUCCUCGCAAAUCUACUCGGCCUCGCGGGAGUUUGUCCCUUUGUCGGAUCCUUAUCUGAUUUGAUCGGUCGUCGAUAUGUCGCCAUUAUCGGAGCUGCCCUCAUUGUGAUCGGAAUGAUCAUCUGCAGCACCGCAAACACAAUGAAUAUCUUUAUCGCUGGUAUGGCCAUUGCUGGCGCAGGCGCCGGAGUCAAUGAAUUGACCGCACUCGCUGCAACCUCCGAGAUGGCACCCACUCGCAAGCGAGGUGUCUACGUCGCCGUCCUUAUUUUCACCAUCGUUCCCUUCUGCCCAUCCGUUCUCUGGGCCCAGCUCAUCGCAUACCACAGCAGUUGGCGAUAUGUCGGUGCAUUCAGCGCUGCGUGGAACGCAUUUGGUCUCCUGAUUACAUGCAUUUUCUAUUUCCCGCCCCCGCGUGUCAACUCUACUGGAUUGAGCAGAAGGGAAAUCAUCAAGCGGAUUGACUUUAUGGGUGGCUUCUUGAGCAUUACAGGCUUGAUUAUUUUCCUGGCUGGAUUGCAGUGGGGUGGUUAUAUGUAUUCCUGGACCUCGGCCCAUGUUCUUGCUCCCCUGAUCAUUGGUUUCGCUCUGCUGGUUGCUUUCGGAUUCUGGGAGGUUUAUGGCGCCAAGUACCCGAUCUUCCCGACGCGAUUGAAGCAAGAACCACGAACCUUGGGUCUUACUCUGGUCAUCACUUGCAUCUCUGGCUGCAACUUCUUCUCGGUGCUGAUGUUCUGGCCGACUGAGUCUUUCAAUGUUUAUGGUCAUGACCCUGUCAUGGUCGGUAUUCGGAGUCUUCCCAUUGGAUUUGGCAUUCUGGUUGGAGCUUGCAUUGUGCUUGUUCUGUUGAGUGUGUUCAGAGGACACAACAAGGAGCUUUUGAUCAUUAGCAGUAUCCUGAUGACUGCUGGUUGCGGUGCUUUGUCUAUUGGACGCAUCGACAAUAUGUAUCAGAUGUGGGGAAUCCUGGUUCUCGCUGGUCUGGGAAUCGGGGGUAUUGUUGUCCCUGCUUCAAUCAUUACCACCAUCAUUUGUCCUGAUGACCUGAUUGCUACCAUCUCGGCUCUCACUCUAUCCAUUCGUGUUGUGGGUGGCGGUAUUGGCUACACCAUCUACUACAACGUUUUUAUCUCCAAGUUUGUUCCCAAGGCAACAUACUACAUUGGCGGCGCCAUGGAACAGUACCUUAACAUUACAGAUGUCAGUGUCAUCACAGAAGUCAUCACACUCACUGGUGCUUCUCUGCUCGACGAUAUCAAGGAGAUCCCCGGAAUUGCAGGCAAUGAGGCAGCCUACAACCUAAUCGUUGAAGCAGGCCAGCUGGCUUACUCCGAAUCCUAUAAAUAUGUGUACUAUGUCAGUAUUGCCUUUGGAGUCAUUUCCAUCAUUUCAGCUUGUUUCCUGGGUGACAUCACCAAGUACAUGACUGAUCAUGUCGCUGUGGUGAUGUGA